AUGGCUGUGAAAAAUAUUUUUAAUGCGAACGUUUUUGCUAAACGCUCAGCCUCUUCAUCAGCAUCAUUAUCAUCAUCGAAAUCAUUCGAUGCUGUAGGAGAUUCCAAAUCAGUACAGUCGUUUGAGAGUAAUGAAAUAACCGAUGUGGAACAAGGCCAACAGUUUGCUACCCAAAUAGAUAGAGGUGAUAAAAGAUUAGGUUUAGUGUCAUGUAUAUUGCUGAUUUGUAAUAGAAUGUUAGGGACAGGUGUAUUUGCUGUCUCCUCCCAAAUUUAUACGUUAUGUGGCUCUGUAGGUCUUUCGCUGAUCAUGUGGGCCGUUGGUGCAAUCAUUUCAUUAGCUGGGUUGUAUGUGUUUAUGGAAUUUGGUACUGCUAUUCCAAGGAAUGGUGGUGAAAAAAAUUAUUUAGAAAUGAUCUUUAAGAAACCAAAAUUUUUUGUCACAUCUAUGUAUGCAGCUUAUGUGUUUUUCUUGGGUUGGGCAGCUGGUAAUUCAAUUAAUACCGCAGUCAUGUUUUUGACCGCAGCAGAUACAGAAAUUACCAAAUGGAACCAAAGAGGUAUUGCCGUGGCGGUUAUUGGGUUUGCCUUUAUUGUCAACUCAAUAAAUGUGAAAUUAGGUAUCUAUAUUCAAAACGUCUUGGGGGUUUUCAAAAUUGUUAUUGUGCUUUUCAUCUCAAUUACAGGUUGGGUAGCUCUUGGUGGUGGCUUGAAACAUGGUUAUCACACUGAUAAUUUCCAUCAUGCAUUCGAAAGUACUGAAAAAGUAACCGCCUAUGGGAUUGUCAAUGCCUUGUAUAACGUUAUUUGGUCAUUUGUGGGUUAUUCAAACGUCAAUUAUGCCUUGGGGGAAGUUAAAAACCCUGUUCGUAGUUUGAAAAUCGCUGGUCCCUUCUCAUUGAUAUUCCUAGCAAUUAUAUAUAUAUUUGUUAACAUUGCCUAUUUCGCAGUAGUACCAAAGGAUAAAUUGAUCUCAUCAAAAUUAAUCUUAGCUGCAGAAUUCUUUGAUAUUGUAUUUGGUGCUUCAGGUAAAAAAGCUGCUGCUGCUAUUGUAGGAUUGAGUGCCUUGGGGAAUGUUUUGUCUGUUAUAUUUUCACAAGGGCGUAUUAUUCAACAAUUGGGCCGUGAAGGUAUCUUACCUUUCUCUAAUUUCUUUGCCACUUCAAAACCUUUUAAUUCUCCAACAGUGGGUCUUUUCCAACAUUUCAUUGUUUGUAUGGUGACAAUUUUGGCUCCUCCUCCAGGCGAUGCGUAUAAUUUCAUCAUGAAUUUAAUCUCCUAUCCAAUGAAUAUCGUUAACUUCUUUGUUUCUUCAGGAUUAUUAUAUAUCUAUUACCAAAGACGUAAGGGAAAGAUUGAAUGGAAUCCACCAAUCACUGCUGGUCCUAUAGUUGCAGGUUUCUUCAGUUUAGCUAACAUUUACUUGAUUGUUGCUCCUUAUAUCCCACCAUCUCAUGGUCAGUCAGUUUAUAAGAGUUUACCUUAUUGGAUUCAUUGUGUUGUGGCUUGGGCCGUCUUUGCCGUGGGUGGUAUCUACUAUUGUGUAUGGGCUCAAAUCUUACCAAGAUGGGGACACUACAAGCUGGACUCUACAGAGGUACUUGGUGAGGAUGGUUUCUGGAGAACUCAAAUAAUAAAGGUUUAUGACGAUGAAAAGGAAGAAAUUGAAAUUAGUGAUGCUAACGAUAAUAGAAGUGUGUCUGAAGAGAUUAUCAAUAUUUCAACAACAGAGAAAAAUACAACUUCCCUUACUCAUCAUUUUGGAAGUCAUCCUGAUGGUAAAGACUUGGGCUAUGUGGAAACACUAAAUAACAAGAAUUUGGAAUAUGAAGACGAUAAUCAAAGCGUGAAAGAAGAUAUCAAAGAGCAAAUGAUAACGUAUAGAACAGACGACAAUAAUUCUACAUAA